AUGGGCAAACAAAAGGACAUGUUGGCCAAACCGGAAGGGACCUUUUGGAUUGGACACACGCUUUUUCGCCGGGGCAUGGCGGAAUGUUUGGGAACUCUCAUCCUGGUUGAUGAGUGUCGACUUUCUUGGGUUCUCGGAGCUGGUGGUGGCGCCAGGAGUCAGGGCAGAGGAGCAGAGAAGGUGAGAGGGGAGAGGCCUCUACUGGAAAGCGAGCGAGCCUCGGCGGAGGAGGGCCUGGAGGAGGAAACGAAGCGUUUCAAAGACGCGUGCAAAGAGAGGUGUCACUUUACCGUCACUUUGCUGGGAAAACCGCGGCGCCCGAGGACCUUUGCGCUGUUUUUCUUCUUCCAGACUUUGGGAGCAUUCCUGGCAGCCGCUGUGGUAUUCUGUGUAUAUUUUGGUUAUCGGAACGUCCUCGCCAUCAUUGACCCGCACAACAAUUCCGUCCAAGAAGGGCUCGAGGCGUUCCCCAUGGGCUUCUUGGUGAUGGUCAUCGGCCUGUCUAUGGGGUUCAACUCGGGCUACGCCAUCAACCCGGCUCGGGACCUGGGGCCUCGCAUCUUCAGGGCGAUCGCCGGCUGGGGCCUCAAGGUUUUCACUGCUAUCUUUAAAGAAAACGUGAACAACUAUUGGUUCCUCAUUCCUAUCAGUGGUCCCUCAGUGGGCGCCGCGGUGGCGGUGAUGGUGUACCAACUCAUGGUCGGAUACCACCUUAGCAAAGAAUCAUCACACAAGAUGAAGAAGAAGCAGAGGGAUGAAGGGAGCAGACUCAAACUUUCCGACCUUGCAGCCAAUAAAGACGCAGCUUGA